GAGUGAGGAGGGACUUCCAUCUUGUGUUGUGACCUUCUGCCGUCGAUUACCGUCGGGUCUGAAUGCACGGCCGGCGGAAUCGAAGGGAACACGGUGAGGAUUAGCGUAUUGGAGGCAAAUCGCACAAAGAUUGGGCACAAAGACAGCUUAUUUUCAAGGAAACAUAAAGAGUACACUGGCAUAUCCAUUGAGAAGCUGUGAAAUUAUGCAGUAUUUUUUUCUAAUAAGGAUGAAUUCGUCGGGAUCUUCACCUUUCGAGUCUUCAUUGGUCAAAUUAGUAGAAAAGAUUGGCUCAAUAUCCUCUGGAGACUUGUAUCGAGGAAUCCAUUAUGGUAAGGAAGUUACAGUUAUGAUUUGCGAUUUUGAGAAUUUGGACAAAGCAUUGGCUGAAUUUUCUUCCAAGCAGGCUAUUGCAAGGUAUAAUUAUUGUGAUUGAGUCAUCGAGAUAGAUGAAGAGUUGAUGAUUUAUCUCGCUUCCUAGCCUGAAUAGGUCCUUGACGUAUACGUUUUCAUAAAUGUAUUCCUUUAACAUUUACUUUUUUUUUAAUAAUAAGAUUUUUUAAAUUAAUGGAAAUUUACAUUUAAAACUAAAUUUUUACUAAGAGGUAAAUUGCUAUGGGAAAAAAAAUCAAAAUACUUGCAGACGCAGUUCAAUGCUUUAGUAAGCUUGUUGUACAACAUUAUAUGAUGUUCUAUUUAUACAAUUCUAUUUUUGCAUUUCUAUUUGUAAAGAAUAAGACAUGUGUUGGAAGUUGUCAUCUAUGGUGUAUUUGUUGUUUGUGCCACUUGUAUAUUUUCAUCAUUGUUUAGCAUCUAUUGUAAUAUGAUAUUUUGUACAUUUUAAGUCAUUUUGGAAAUUCUGGUUUUUGAUAUUUAAGUUGUCUCACAUUUCCUUGUUCAUAAUGUAUUGUAGAGAAGACGAAGUGGUAUAUAGUACAAGCACUAAAGACAAUCAAUGACAUAGUUAUGUACAUGGAAAUGUCAUCUCCGAGAGUAUCGUUCUUGUGCUUGUUCCAAGAUCUGAGAUUGAGCAUUGACUAGUGCACGAAGCAACAAUGGCUAACAAGCCACUUUCAAAGGAAACUAAUGUAUUUCAGUUGCGGCAUACCUUUCAUUAUUUUCUUGCUGGUGAGAAGCACCCGUGUGGUGAGACUCACAUGCAACGCUUGAAUAUGUAUAAGCAAUGUUCUAUACAAGAUAGAAUAUUGGUUUCUUAAAAUCGUCUGCCUGAAAAGUAAAAUUUGUUGAUAAUAAAGGAUACAUUUUCUUUUAGUAUACGUAUGAAAUACUUUCUCUUCUACUCUUUUCUUUUUUAGAACUACAUUAGAAACUGUAUUAGGCCAUCCCUUUUGGGACAAUAAAAUGCGAACAGAGUUUAUAUUUGUUUGGAAGUCAUCAAACAAAUAAACUCCGUUCGCUUUUUACUGUCCCAAAGAAGAGAUGGCAUAACACAGUUUUUAACGUAGUUCUAAAAUAGAAAAAGUAAAAGAGAAAAUAUUUUAUACGUAUACUAAAAGAGAAUAUGUUGUUUAUUAUCAACAAAUUUUACCUUCUUGAUUUAUUAAUGUCGAACAUAAGAGUCAUCAGAUGUUUUGCUUCAGACGGAUGCUCUAAGGAAACCAAUAUCCUAUCUAGUGUAGAACAUCGCUUAUGCAUACCCAAGCGCCGUUGUGAGUCUCACCAACCAGGUGCUUCUCACUUGCAAGGAAGUAAUGAAAGGUAACUGAAAUAGAUCAGUUUGCUUUGAAAGUGGCUUGUUAACCAUUCUUGCUUCGGGCACUAGCCAAUGCUCAAUUUCAGGUCCUGAAACUGUGACAAGAAGGAGAAAAAAGAAUGGAGAAAAAUAGAACAAGACAGAGAAACUGUACUCAUAGAAGUUUAUAAGUAUCAUUAUACGUGCUAAUACUUUUUUGCAAUGGAGUAAAGCACAGAGUUUGAGAAACUUUGUUCUAUUACCAAGCGCAAGGACGAUAUUCUCGGGGAUGACAUUUCCAUGUACAUACCUAUGUCAUUGAUUGCCUUUAGUGUUUGCACUAUAAAUCUGUAUUGCAACAAAACAAAUUAGAAGCCAUAAGGUUUAUUUAACAACACCACAAAUAAAAAUUCAAAAAGAAUAAAAUUUGGUACUACUAACUUUAGAGAAUCGACAUAUAUUUGACUUGGCUACUGGCUUCUUUUCAGUAAUUUAAACCAAACAUCAUCUCUAGUUCUCUCGAGGUAAAUAUAAAUUCCUAGCCAAUCCUUUUGACUUAUCACUUUUUCAUAACCAAUAUAUCUUUAAAUACAAUGGUGUGAUACAAAUUCUCUUACUAUAUUCAAGAACUCAUUGCCCUGUCAUAUUCUUCGAUGGAAAAAUAAAAAACAUCAGCUUUACGACUAUCGUAUACUCCAUUGUAGAAACCACAUGUCCUCAUUUUGGAAACAUCUACUGACAAUUUUUCGAAAUGAAGCUCUUUAUCAAUUACCACUUCGUCUUCUCUACAAUACAUUAUGAACCGGGAA